GGUGUACAGUUGAAUAUAGAGGAAAUUGUUAAAUAAAAUGACAAUUUAUUCUAUUCUUAAAAAUUCAACAUCAGGUGUAACUGAGGCAAAGAAUCGUGAGGUCUCCACCAAACCUGGUUUAGUAAAACUCAAGGAUGGCAGGGAACUAGAAACUGAUUCUGAGGAUGCACAGAAUGUUUCUGGGGCUCCUAACUCUGGAAUGAAUGAUACUGAACCUGCCUCCAGUAUUGAUCUAAACCCGGAUAAACCUGGUGAGCCUGAAGAGAUGGAGGGUUCAAGAGAAUCGCCAGGGCUGGACCCUGCUCCUCUUCCAGGAAGUAUAGCUUACAGGGAACAUCGGAAGUGGAUUGAGAAAGCUAUUCAACUCCCAAAUAAUCCUUAUAGUCAGGCGAGUAUUGAAAGACGAUUAUCUAAGGGAUCUGUUAACUCAGGAGAGGAAUCUAUCUCUUCUGCUAGAACAACUGGUGAUCUUUACCUGAUCCAGCCUGCCAACCCUACUGCUAGUGUUACUUCUUGUGGAAUCAUAGAAGAAAGAGAUAAAGGACUCAUGAAACUAGACUGCGGACCACACUCUAUUGACAACAAGUAUAAACGAGACUACUACAUAAACGAGGAUGGAGCUGUAAUUAUGACUUCAGAGAAUGCAGUCCUAAACUCCAACUAUAUCCAGUGUAUUGCUACAAACAAGACGAUGAGCGUGAGCCAGAACGGUAAAACACGGACAGAGAGAGAAAUUAGUGAGCUAAAGGAACAGCGGGAACAAAAUCUUCGAGAUUUCAACAAAACUAGAGAAGACGACAUUAAAAAAGGCGGAGAGUACAAUAGAAAAUUUAGAAGGCAGACUCUUAGAGGUGGAGAGAAUAUCCAGGGCGUAUAUCAUGGUAUAAAUGGUGGAGAGAUGGUGAGAAACGGCGAAAGAAACUCUGAUAUGUCUGAGACUAACUCUGAAACUGUGGAAGAAAGUGAGGAUGAGACCUCUGAGUUUCCAACCAUCAAUGUGUCAGAUGGUAUCCGGAGAUUUCAAGAAGAAAUAAAGAAAAGAGAACAGGGAAUCCAUUUUUUAUAG